AUGCGUCGCUUUGGAGGUGGCCACACCCUCAGUGAGGGCGACGUGGAGAAGAUCGAGAAGAUGUUCGGCUGUGAGCCGGCACCACAGGGACCCAGCGACGCAGAUCCAGCGCUCCAAUUCAUCGGGUGUGGAGUCAAGGAUAGCAGCCUCUCACGCUCAGUCAGGCACUGGCCCAAGAGCGGCGAUGACCAUGUGUACAUCCCCUACAAGGUGUCCAAGGACUUCUAUGACUACGAUGUGAAAGCCAUCGAGCAGGCUGUAGAGGAGUUUGAGAAGAAAACCCACAUGCGAUUCCGCCCUCAUGGCAAAGAGACGGACUUCAUUCAAAUCCAGGCCUUGGAGGGGUCUCUCAGCAAGAGCUGGUCAUACGUGGGGAGGCAGGGUGGAGGCCAGGAUCUGUCCUUGGAGCCAGGGAAGGUGACCAAGGGCACGGUUCUGCACGAGUUGAUGCACGCGCUCGGCUUCCACCACGAGCACUGCCGCAGCGACCGCGACGACCACGUCUGGGUGCUGAGCGACAACAUCAAGGAUGAAUGGAAGAGUCAAAUCGUGAAGAUUAAAUCACACACUCAUGACGUGUCCACCCCCUACGACUGCAGCUCCAUCAUGCACUACAGCAUGACGGCGGGCUCGGUGGACGAGCGCAACCCGACCAUAAUCCCCAAGAACCCGCUCCUCAUGCUGCACAUGGGGCAUGGCAACUCCCUGAGCCCCUGCGACGUGGCCAAGGUGCAGAAGCUGUACGGAUACGAGACAACACUGCCGCUGAGCUCCACAGGUGUGGGAGACCGCGAGAGUUUGGAGAGCCAAGUGAGAGUUUGGAAGCGAAAGACAGAGCAAGAGCUGAAGGAGGAAAAAGAGGCCAAAGAGCGGGAAUUGAAGACAAAGGCUGGCCCUGUUGAGGAGAUCAUCCGUGAGCUCAGGUGGCUCUCCAAGUACGACGGCUCCACGGUGCCACGCCUGGAGAAGUUGCUGGAUCUGCUGUCUUCUAAGUGCCCAGCUCAGGAGAAGGAGGCGCUCCACACAGCUUAUAGAGACGAGGACGGCCCAAAGAUUCUCAAGAAGAUCUUGGAGUUUCCCAAGGCAGAGGCCGACAGAAUUUCUCUGCUGCUCGUGCUCAACAAAAUAUUCAACGCUGUGGCCGUGCAGACAGCAGAGAAAGAUUCCAACGUCCCCAGGACUGGGGACAUUGCAGGUGACCCCUUGGAGAAACCUAUGGAGUGGCCAAAACACCGGGAUGGUAACGUGUACAUCCCCUACAACAUCUCCAUCGCGUUCGGCUUCAGUGACAAGAGGACUAUUGAGCAAGCCUUCCAGGAAUUCCGCAUCAAAACGUGCAUCAGGUUCACUCCUAGAACACAUGAGAAUAAUUACAUCAACUUCCAGGCACUGGACGGGAGCUGGUCGUUCCUGGGCAAGAAGGAAGGGGCUCAGUCCUUGUCCCUGGAGCCCGGGAAGGUGACCAAGGGAACGGUUCUGCACGAGCUCAUGCACGCGCUCGGCUUCCAGCACGAGCACUGCCGCAGCGACCGCGAUAAGCACAUCAAGAUUAACGAAGACAACGUCAAGGAAGGUGAACAACGCCAGUUUCAACUGCUGGAUACUGCCGACUGUGAACUUCCCUACGACUACAUCAGCAUCACCCACUACGGCAGGGACACCUUAUCCGGUGAUGGGAUAAGCCCUACGAUCAUCCCUAUACCAGAGACAACCACUAUCGGCCAGCGGGAAUGCCUCAGCCCACUGGACGUCGUUAAAAUCCGCAAGAUGUACAAAACCAUGGCGGAAGGAGACAUUGCUAAAGCUGUUGCUGAGACGGCCAUGCUUGCACCCACGUUGAAAGCACCUGUCCCAGAGGUGAAAGCAAAGGCAGAGGCAACAAAGCAAGACUCUGGGGGCUGCGCUAUCAUGUAGCGCCAGCGUGGGCAGUGACCACACGCUGAGCGCAACUCGCCCGGCAGGAAGAGAUCGUCUGAAAUGGGGCAUCACCACCGCUCAUAUUCACUUUACAAUUCAAUAAUCUUGAGCAUAGGUGUUAUUUUCCGCAAUCCUUUUUGCUCCACUGAACGUGAUUUGCUCUUCUUAAAAUGUUUAAAUAUAAUUAGAUUUUUACAUUGUAAUGGCUGCAUCAUGGAAAUGGGGUAUAAUGAUGUGUUAAUAGUCUAUACAUUAUUACACACAGUUCACAUCUCAAUAUAAAUGUUAGUUUCAUGUCCUUUAGCAAAAACACUUUUGGAAAAUGCCUUUACUCUUGAGUCGCUCAUAAACAGUAAUUAGAACAAACAGCCAAAUCGAGAUCCAAACAUCGCACCUGCUGGCGUUGACACUGGUGUAACCAUCAGAACAUCAACCAGCCGCUGCGCACAUCCCCUUCAUGAAUACAAGCCAAAGUGCGACUGUGGCCAUGCAUCCCAAACUAUGGGCCACACAGUAAACCACUGUAGUCUGCAUUCCGUCAAUGGAGGAGGAAUUAAAACGACACCAACUCUCUCUAUAAUCCCUCUUGUGGCUAGCAGACCUUGAUAUUGGCAUUCAGCACUUGAACAUAGUUGCAUAAGCAUGAACAGUUCACAUACAUUUAUUGCCAAAUAAUUUUUAUGGCAAAAACAGACAAUGGGAAGAUUUGCUGUCAGGGCAGUGUGACAGCUCAAUCACAGGGGAUGCACAACGUCCUAGGUGAGUGUGUUGCACGUAUCCCUGGAAUAUUUGGUCAUUAUGUUUUGCAGUGCCCAUUACAUGGCAUUUGGGGAGCCCCAAUCUACCCUGUAAACAAAGAAUGCCCAGGUUAUGUAAAGUAGCUCGGGUGACUGGCAGAGUGCGCACGCCACACACCCGGCCUCCUUACUGCAGGUGGCAGUGAUCACGCCCCGCAGGGCACCGCGUUCACUGCUCACACCCCAAACGUGCACUGAGCUCGUGCUGUGCACUGGACUCACGAUUAGUUCAGCACGCAGCACAAAUGUGUUCCCUGGUCCCAUCAUUCGUUAUCUUCCUCUUAACCAUUUAUUUAAUCUC